GCCAUGUCAGCAGCAGGGAGCGCCACGUCAACAGGCCCUCGGCCCGAUCCAUGCUCUUGCGCUCUCAAACAGCCAUCAUGGACCAGAAGCCAGGGGAAACCGCCGAGGCCUAUCAGGCCCGGAUGCUGGUUUUGAUUGCUAAAGCCAAGCAACGGUUGGAUGCGGUAGCAGCUGCAGAGAAGAAGAAGGCGGAGGACGUUGAGAAGGCACGUCUGUUGGCGAUCGAACAGCAGCGCCAGCACGACGAGGCAGCAGCAAAGGCUGCCGAUGAAGAACGCAGUCAACGACGCGAGAAGGUAUUCAGCGAGGAGAGAGCUUUGCUUACUAUGGCAGCGGCAUGGCGGACCGAGGCCGAAGGUGGCGAAUUCAGCGACAGCGGACCUCGCAUCUCGCUGUUGCUCUCCCACCUCACGGACCUCCUGGCAAUGUGCAUUGCACAAGAGGAGGACAUCCAUAACCUCGAUGACACGGUGAAGAACCAGCAACGGUCGUUGGAUGAGGUCAACAGCCGCCUCCAGCAGCUGGAGCAACGACCUGUCGCCAACUCCUCCAACACCUCCGACCGACUCAACGCAUUGGAAGUCGACCACGUCACAAUGCUAAUCGACUCCGACUUCGACGGUCAGGAGAUCUUCUGCGAUGCAACGAAGACGAACCCGAUUCCGUGGUUCCGCCAGUUCAAGCUCAAGUUGCAGCUCCACCACGUACACGAAGCGAAGCACGAUGCGUCCUUGUACUCCCGAUCGGGGGGCGCGUGCCAAGCAUGGAUGGGCAACCUCUUCUCUAAAUACAGUGUGGUGGCAGCCGACUUGCAUACCAAGAUCAGUUGGGCGGAUCUGAAGGCAGCAUGGCAUAAGCAGUUCCAAAUCGAGCCGCCGGAAAUGAGAGCGAUGAACAAGCUGAUCAAGUUCCACCAAAACACGCUGCCAAGCGGAGAUUGGAUCGCCGAGUUCCAGCGCUUGGCGGCCAUGCCCAGCGUACCAAUGGGCUUUCAGGCUGUGAAGCACUACUUCAUCUUGAGGUCGUGUUCGACAUUGUCCACGACGCUGACUCAAGUCGCAAACAUGCUCACUACAACCGCGGAGCUCUUCGACAAGGCCGCGCAGAUCACCAUCACGAACACGAAGGCCAAGAACCUCUCACCUACAACAGGCCUGAGCAGAGAACAACAUCGACCGAAAGUGGCCGUGGUCGCGGCGGCAACGUCGAUCGACCCCUCAAGCGAGGCCGUGUCUGGGGACAGACUCGCAGCCGCCCGGGAUGGUGGCCGCCCCGGCAGAGGCCGAGGACGUGGCUAUGUCCGCAUCCAAGUUGGGCAAGCGGCCUGCAGCGCUUUGCUGGAUAGCAGCGCGUCUCGCAAUUUCAUGAGCCAAGCCUUUAUGCAAAGGGCUGGCCUCGGCGCACAAGUUCAAAGGAAGGCAAACCCAACGACAAUCAAGUUGGCGGAAGGAAAGACGCAACAACUUCUCGACCGCUAUAUCGAAGCCGUCCUGGUAUAUUUUGCACCUCAUGCAUGCGAACUGGUGACGUUCGACUUUUUGGACACGGACUUCGAUAUUAUUUUGGGAAUGCCUUGGCUUGCAAGUGCGGAUCACACAGUCAACUUCCACCGGCGGACUCUUACCGUCUGGGAUGCCUUCGGCGCCGAAGUGUCGUGCAUUAUUCCUCUCCCACACCCUUCGAUUCAGUGCCAAGUGGUGACGACCAAGUCAUUCCGGGCUACUUGCGCUUACGAGCAGCUCGACGAGAUAGGCCUAUGUUUCCUACGAACCGUCGCGGUAGCCUGCUCUUCACCCACGAACUCGUCUUCGGACCCCCCCGUGGUACGAUUGCUGGACGAGUUCGCCGACAUCUUCGAGUCAUCUACCGGUGUGGUGCCGGAUCGGCCGAUCUCCCACGAGAUCAUUCUUGAGACCGGUGUCGUGCCGCUGAAAGGUUGCAUUUAUCACAUGAGCGAGGAGGAGCUUACGGUCCUCUCUGCGCUACUCGAUGACUUGUUGGACAAGGGCUGGAUCCCCCCUAGUAGCUCCUUAUACGGAGCGCCAACUCUCUUCGUAUGGAAGAAGAACAAGGAUCUACGAUUGUGCAUCGAUUCCCGCAAACUCAACGCGCAAACCGUCAAGAAUGUGGGGCCUCUUCCUCGUAUUGACGAUCUUCUUGAGCAAUUGGGCGGCGCAAAGUACUUUUCCAAGUUGGAUUUGAAGUCGGGGUAUCAUCAGAUUUCAAUCCGCCUGAACAAUCGCUAUAAAUCCGCGUUCAAGACGUGGUAUGGGCAUUUUGAGUGGGUGGUCAUGCCUUCUGGCCUCACCAAUGCCCCGACGACCAUUCAAGCGGCAAUGACCAACGAGUUCCGGGCGAUGUUGGAUCGUUUCGUGCUGGUCUACUUAGACGGCAUCCUCGUCUAUAGCCGAACCUUGGAGGAUCAUCUUGAGCACCUUCGACGAGUGUUGGAGACGCUCCGCCGCGCCAAGUGCGAAUUUGUCCGGCAAGAGCUGGAAUACUUGGGCCAUUUUGUCACACCCGAGGGCAUCAGUCCGUUGUCGGACAAGAUUCAAGCCAUCCAAGAGUGGCCAGAGCCGCGGAACGUCACAUAUGUCCGUUCGUUUCUUGGCCUUGCCGGCAACUACCAACAUUUCAUCAAGGGAUACUCGAAGAUAGCGGCUCACUUAACCAAGCUUCAAUGCGAGGAUCGGCCGUUCGACUUUGGGGAGGAUGCGCGAGAAUCAUUUUUGCCCUUCAAAGCGGCGUUAUUAUCCGCAGAGGUCUUGCACAUAUACGCCUCGCUAUUGCCAACGCGCGUCACUACAGAUGCGUCCGGCUAUGGCAUUGGUGCCAUCCUCGAACAACACAAUGGCGUGGACUGGCACCCGGUUGAAUACUUCAACAAGAAAGUGCCCGUCGUGCACUCCAUUGAUGAUGCACGCAAGAAGGAGCUCCUAGCCUUCGUCCACAAGCUCAAGCGGUGGCGACACUUCCUCCUUGGUCGAAGUCAAUUUCGAUGGGUAACGGACAACAAUCCGUUGGUCUUCUACAAGACCCAAGACACUGUCAAUAGCACCAUCGCCCGUUGGAUGACUUUCAUCGACCAAUUCGACUUCUUUCCCGAUCACAUUCCGAGGAAGUCUAACCAUUUUGCGGAUGCUCUUUCACGGUGUCCGGAUCAUUGUACCGCAGUUUAUUCGACCUUCGAGAUCGAUGACGACCUGCGGGAUAGUUUCAUCCGCGGCUACCAAGCCGACCCCGAGUUUCGCGACAAAUACGCGAAUUGCUCCUCUCCUAAUCCGGCKCCUUCUCACUGUCGGAUCCAAGAGGGGUACUUGCUUGUCCACACACGGGGGAAGGACCUUUGCGUACCGAGUGACUCUCACUUGUGUACACGGCUUCUUGCACAUUGCAUUGGAUUCAGCAUGGGGCUGCCGGGGCCAAACCAGCAUGACACCCUCUUCAAUUUCCUGCAAUAUAUUGUGGAAGAGAUUGAAGGUGUCAGUGGCGUAAAGGAAAUGGAAAUGCGGUCGAAAGUCGAGCAAUUGCGAGCCGAGAUGUCGAGAAUUCCGUCAACAUCCGAACAUCCUCUUGGAGAGCUUGAGGUUGCAAGUCAACUUGAUAAGCUGGAGGAGAAGUUGACAGCGUUGGACGAAAUGGUAUCACAGGCAGAUCCAGAGGUCAGGCAGAUGUUAAGUCAGAGUUCCAAUCUGUGGAUGCCUGUGAUCUGCUCAAGUGCAGCGGAACGCGAAGAGAAUGCAUCAGGAAGUGUGCUGGCAGAUUCUGCCGAAGGACGAUCUUCUUCACCACCCUCUGCGCCUGCACUCUCUGUUACAGACGUUGAUGACUUGCAACGUGCUUGAGCUGAUAACAACUGAGAUGAUACUCUUUCCUUCUUUCAGGAUAAGUCCAAAACAGUCUGCUUGCCAUUUUUGGUAACGGGUUUUGUUUUUUUCCUUCUGUUUCCUUUUUCUUUCCCUCGUUUUUCCUCCUUUUCUCUCCUUUUUUCUCUUUUUUUCCUUUUCUUCCUCCUUUUUCCCUCUUUUUUUCCUCCUUUUUUUCCUCCUUUGUUCCUCCUUUUUCCCUCCUUUUUUCUCUCUGCAAUAACCCCAGCCGUAUGCCACAUGGAAUGUCUGAGGGCCUCUCCAGGCCGCACUCAGACCCAGGCCAAAGGUGGGGAAAGAACCCCACGUCUAAACUCAGGGCCUGGACGAGAUGGAGUUGACUAAAGUCAACUGUAGGACGCCCAACAGUCAAAGUCCAAAGUGGACCCAGCCCAGGCCGCCGGUCAGACGCACACACUUGUUUGUAUGCAGGUACCCAGACAGCAUCAGGACCAAGGGGAGAUCUGCAGCUGUACACAAUCCAGGCCCUCGGCUGUGAGUCAAUCUGUACGACUGUGGGAAGAGGACCCAAGGCCAGACAACCUCGUCAAACACUACAAAUUGCUUGGUCUCGGGGUAGUCAACAUUCAAUCUUGCUAUGCUGCUUGGACGCUGGCUCGACUCUGACUGGAAUCUGGCAUUGACGCUGGCACGAUGCUUGCGAGACGCUGGCUUGACACUGGCUGUGCGCACGCACUGUGGACGACGACGCGGGGCUGUGGCAGCAUGCUGGCGCUUUCUGUGCUGUGCGCCAGGCAUUGCUGAUGUGGCGCUGCCACCUGCCUACCCUGCUGAUGUGGCGCAUGCCACUUGCCUACAUUGCUGAUGUGGCGCAUGCCACUGGUCUACAUUACGGAUAAGGUGCAUGCCACUGGUCUAGAUUGCUGAUGUGGUGUUGCUACCUGUCUUCAUUGAUGAUGUGGCGCAUGCCACCUGUCUCUACAGCUGACGUGGCAUUGGCCACGCUGUCUACAUGAGGUGACUGGUUGCGACAAGGAGGGAGAUCGGGAUCUGUGGAUGAUUGGGAUCUGGUACUCACCUGAGGUUGACGUCAUUACCGUAUUCUGCUGCUGUCUUCAUGGUCUUCACGAGAUAAGAGUGCCACGUGGCACUGCUGUGAGAUUAGGAUUAUCAUACUUGUUAUCGUAUACUCGUUGAUGACGUGGAGAGGAAAGAAGCCCGGAGAAGAAGUGGGGUUUGAUUGGAUUACUCUUUUGUGAUCAUUGUCAUCUCUUCCACCUUUCCUCUGUCUAUUCCCCCUCCAAUCUCUUCACCUAUUGGUAACGAGAUAAUGUUUCAGAUAA